ACUAGUGUGCCAAACAUUUAUCAGUUUAAGUCUGACAAGGGUGCAACUAACUAGUCAUGGUACAACUUUUAACAAGUUUUGGCGCCAUUUUGGUAGCCUUUGUGAUCAUCCAGUCGAUGCCCAAAGAAAGCAAUGGAUCGAAUAUCCUAGGCGUCUUCACUAGCCACAGUCCAUCCCAUCUCAUAGUCCACAUGUCCAUUAUGAGAACUCUAGCCGAAAGGGGCCAUAAUGUCACCGUUUUAUCCUCGAUGCCCCCGAAAGUUACUCACGAAAACAUCAAACACAUUGUGGUUCCUUUGAGUGCCGAGGAUGAGAAAGUCCUGGACGAGGGAAUGUCAGGAAUGGUGAAAACAAAACAAUCCUUUUUGAGCAUGAUGAACUCUGCAUCGAAAUCUCAAUCUAUUUUAAUGUACAAGCAAGUAGAGGUGCUGGAGGACCCUCGUUUUAAGGAGCUUUACCUCAACAAGGACAACAAGUUCGAUGUGGUUUUCUUUGGAUUCUUUUUCAACACGUAUCAGGUGGCUCUGGGAGCCAGGUUUAAUUGUCCAGUGAUCAUGUCCUGGUGUGGUCCUCCUAUGCCCUUGGUAAACGAGCUCCUGGGAAAUCCCGAACUGUCUAGUGUUCCCCAAAUGCAUGUAGCAGUGGCCCCAGGACAGCCCAUGAAUUUCAAGAAACGUUUGCAUAACUUGGCCAGCAACAUUGGUUUCUCCAUGUUUAACAUUUACUUGAAUCGCAAAAAUCAGCUGUUUUAUGAUCGUCUUUGGGGCAUAGAUCCUUCAAUGCCCAGCUUCGAGGAGGCCAAACAAAACGUUUCUCUGGCCUUUUUCAAUGGCCACUCCCUCAGCGAAGGACCCAUUCGCCCUAAUGUUCCGGCUGUCAUUGAAAUUGGUGGAAUACAGAUUAAAUCCAAGCCAGAUCCCCUGCCCAAGGACAUCAAGGAGUUCCUGGACAUGGCCAAUUAUGGAGCAGUACUUUUUAGCUUAGGAUCCAAUCUGAAAGGUGAACACAUACCCCCUGAAAUAGUGACCACAAUUUUCAAGGCUCUUAGCAGCAUUAAGCAGCAAGUAAUCUGGAAAUGGGAAGAUAUCGAAAAAGUACCUGGAAAAUCGGCAAACAUUCUGUACAAGAAUUGGCUACCACAGGACGAUAUCCUAGCCCAUCCCAAUGUCAAACUUUUUAUUACUCAUGCGGGCAAAGGAGGAGUGUCUGAAGCUUUGUUUCAUGGAGUCCCUAUGUUGGCCCUUCCUGUCUUCGCCGACCAGCCAGGAACUGCUGAUAAACUUGUUGAGAAUGGUUAUGGUUUGCGGUUGGAACUGGCCAUUCUAAAGGAAAAACAGUUUAAGGCAGCCAUUAAGGAGAUCAUCGAAAAUCCCAAGUACACCCAGAAGGCGAAGACCUUCUCCCAGCUCUACAGCGAUCGUCCUUUGAGUGCCCAAGAGUCGGUGGUCUACUGGACGGAGUACGUCAUUCGUCACCGUGGAGCUCCCCACAUGCAGAGUUCUUUGGUUAAAAUGGGGUUCGUGGCUAGCAAUAAUCUGGAUAUCUAUAUCCUGGCUUUAGUAGUCCUCUACAUAUUAUUUGUGGUUAACAAGAUUUUUUGGAAAUUUGUGUGGCGUAAAGUGUUUGGAGAGCCGAAAAUAGAUUCUCAAAAUAAUCAAAAGAAACGAGAGUAGUCAUAAAAUAAUAAAAAUAAUUAUAUUUAUGAAUAAAAUAAAA